CUCCAGUACCUGCUCAUUUGAUUGAUCAAAGACUCUUUGCUACGCUUUAUCGCUCUUCAGUGAUUUCGCAACUGGACGUACUUAUCCAACCCAACAUUCACAUCUUCGGUCUUAGUGUCAAGUCAGCGCCUCCUUCGUUCAACCAUCACAGCUCAACACCGCCGUCAUGGUGCUCGAGGCUACGAUGAUCGUGGUGGACAACAGUGAGGCGAGCCGGAACGGCGACUAUUUACCGAACCGAUUUUCUGCACAAUCCGAAGCUGCCUCACUCAUCUUCAAUGCGAAGACAUCAUCAAAUCCGGAGUCCGCUGUCGGACUAAUGUCCAUGGCAGGAACCGGCCCUACCAUCCUGAACACUCCCACUACGAACUUUGGUGCCAUCCUGGCGGGUCUACACGAGACGAAGAUCAAGGGACACAUAAGAUUAGGAACAGCAAUCAGUGUGGCGAUGCUAGCCCUCAAACACAGAGCCAACAAGAGCCAGCGUCAACGAGUCGUGGUCCUGAUCUGCAGUGAGCUGGAUCAGAAGUUUGGAGACAAGAACGAUACCGAGAAAGAGCUGGUGAAGCUGGCGAAGAAAUGCAAGAAGAACAAUGUUUCUGUGGACUUUGUGGCCUUCGGUGAUGCGAUCGAGUCCAACACAAAAUCAAUAUUGGAGAAAUUCAUAGAAGCUGUUGGCGGUCCUGCCGGUGAAGGAAACUAUCUCGCUGUGAUUCCUCCUGGACCCGGCCUACUUAGCGACAGCCUCAUUACGACACCCAUUGUCAACAUGGGUGGAGACGCAGGCGCUGGGGGAAGUGGUAUGGAAGGUGUCGAAACCGGCGGCGCUAGUGGGGGUGGUGGCUUCGAGUUCGGUGUGGACCCAGCGGCAGACCCAGAGCUUGCAAUGGCCCUGCGCAUGAGUAUGGAAGAAGAACAGAACCGACUGGAAAGAGAGCGGAGAGCGCGUGAAGAGCAAGAACCACAAAGUGCGGACAGAAUGGAGACGAUAACCGAAGAGGGACAGGGGCAGCAAUCGACAAGUGGUGACGGAACGGAUUCGAAGCAGCCACGGGUGGAGGAGGACAAACAGGAAUGAAGUUGCUCAACUUGUAUCAAUAUUGAUUCAGGAUCAUAGGGCGACUGCAUAGAAUUCAUCAAUGAUGCUGCUGUCGAGUCCUACCUGCUCACGAUCUACUGCAAUUGAGUGGAUAUCGUACUGCGUGCCUGUGCAUAUUUGACUCUCAAAUGGAGCAGCAUCAAAUGAAGACCCUGAACAUGCUCGCUCUCGGAAGCGUCCCAGUCGUUUGCUUCUCCUGCACUCUAUCUUGCCCAGCUUUUACACGUUGCCCUCGACUCAUUGCAAACUCUCAUGC